AUGGCUGGAAAAGCAGCUGCGGCGAAUACAGCGACGGCGGCGUUUCAGCAUCCGUGGAGGGCGAAGCUGGACAAGUACAGGACCGAGCUGACGAAAGGCGUGUAUGGCUACUGGGAGAUGGGGCUGUGGAAACCGUUGGGGAUAAGCGCGCGGAGGAGAGCCAUGCUGAGGAAAGAAGUGUUGGCCGCUGGAGAGGACUGGCCUUAUGAUCCGGAGAGGAAAGCGAUGAAGACGAAGAGGAAAGGUCACAAGUGUGACAGAAUCUCGGCGGAGAAGAGAGAGAACACUGCGAAGCUUAUGCUGAAGAUGCCUCAGAUGCUUCUUGAUUACAAGAAGAGAAGGUGGGAGAAGAAGAUGAAGGAAGAAGAGAAAGCUAAAGAAGACAAGUGA